AUGAAAAUACUUCUAAUUUAUUCAAUGACUCCAAAACUUGUUAUAUGGUUUACGUUAUUUGUACUAUGUUUGCAAAUGGGUGAUACAUUUGAUAUAUCAAUAAAUAAUGAAGAAAUUGAUAAUCCUGGCCUAAUCAUCAAAUCUAAAUUUAAAAAAUAUUUACCGGAACUACAAGAAAAUCUAGAAAUACCAAUCACUGAAAAGCAACAAAGUAUUAAAGAAUCAUUUAUUCCUAGACGGAUAAAUUACCCUCAUUAUGGAUUGAGAUCACGAUUUAGAAAAGAUAUUGCUAUUCUGGAAACAACGACCACCACCACCCAAGAAUCGGAAACAUCAAUUGCAACAAAUGGUGAUUCUUUCGAUAGUGACAAUGGAGAAAAUAAAAGUGAUUCAAGUGAUGAUGAAAGUAGCAACAACGAGGGUAAUGAUAAAUCUGAUGCUACAUUCAAAUCACUUUCUUCUUCUUCUCCUACAGUAGUACAUUCAAGACGAUCUUGGAUUAAAGAUUUCUUAAUUUUCAAAGAACAAAAAGUAUCUACCAUGUCAUCUUCGUCUUCGUCAUCUUCCGGGUCAUUACGAGACAAAUCCAAACUCAAACAAGAAAAUAAACAACUACAAUCUCGGAUCAAGAAUUAUGAUGACACAGUCAGUGAUCCUCGAGAUUUAAAACGAUGGGUAAGAUUGAUUGCUGAUGAAGGUAAGAAUGAAUUUGGUAAAAAACAUUCAUCAAAAAAUUAUAUUCAAAAAAAUGAAAUUGAAUUAGAUAUUGAAGAAUUUAUUCAUUAUUUAGUGGAAGAACAAGGAUUUAAUUCAUCAGAUUUAGAAUUUUUGAGAUUGAAAAAUUUGGAUUAUGGAUUAGGUGAAAUCGAAAAAGAAUUGAAUAAAUUAAAAGAAGCAAAAGGGUCACCUAAAGUUAUUUCCAUUGGCGGAGAAGAUGAAAAUUCAGCUCCAUUGUUAUGGAUUAAGAUUUCUAAACCUACUGUAUGCUUAGUAAUUGCUUUAACUUUUCUAUUGCUAGGUUAA